CACUCACUCAGGCUUGUAAACAGUCAGAGUGUCGGGGAAGGAAGAAUCAUUUACUACCGCUGACCCACUGCUCCAGAAGUCAUGUCGGCUCUGUCCUUGUUGCUCGUCCUGCUGGCGGUUGCCUCCACCACCCUGAGCGUCAACCCGGGCGUGACGGUCAGGCUGACUGAUAAAGGCCUCCAAUACGGGAAACAACUGGGCAUCGCCGCCAUGCUGGACAAACUUAAAUCUAUCCAAAUUCCAGAUUUUUCAGGCUCACUAACGGUGUUUCUCAUUGGCAACGUCAAGUACAGUCUGACAAACAUACGGUUGGUGAACGUGGGGUUGCCGAGGUCUGCAGUGACUCUGGUGCCAGGGACCGGGGUCAGGCUGACCAUCGGAGACGCCUUCAUGAAUCUGCAUGGAAACUGGAGGCUCCAGUACCUCAGAGUGAUAAAGAACAGCGGCUCUUUUGACGUGAACAUCAACGGACUCACAAUCAGCUCCAGUAUCGUCGUGGAAAGUGACGAGACGGGUCGGCCGGUGGUCAGCAGUACCAACUGCGUAGCCAAUGUGGCCAGUGCCAAAGUCAAGUUACAUGGUGGAAGCUGCUGGUUCUACAUUUUCUUCAGCAUGUUCAUAAACAGGGCUGUUCAAAACGGUCUGCAGAAACAGAUCUGUCCUCUGCUGGACAAGGCAGUAACCUGUUUAAACCCUAAGCUGCAAACACUCAACGUGCUGGCCAAGGUGGACAAAUACGCAGAGAUUGAAUAUUCCAUGGUGUCAUCUCCGGUUAUUUCACAAUCGUCUAUUGAUCUGAACUUGAAGGGUGAGUUCUACAACAUUGGGAAGCACCAGGAGUCUCCGUUCAGCCCCGCAGCCUUUUCCUUGCCGUUCCAGAACAACAUGUUGUACAUGGCCCUGUCCGCCUUCACCGCCAACUCUGCAGGUUUCGUCUACAACAAAGCUGGAAUCCUCAGCCUGUACAUCACAAAUGACAUGGUCCCCAAAGGCUCUCCGUUCCAACUCAACACCAAAACAUUCGGAGUCUUCAUCCCGCAGAUUGCAAAGCAGUAUCCAGGCCUGAUGAUGAAGCUGUUGGUUAGGGCUAAGAAGAGUCCCACCAUCACUUUCCAGCCCAAAAAUGCAACUGCUGUGGCCAUUGCCACAGUGACGGCGUACGCCAUCCAACCCAACGGCACACUUUCCCCUCUGUUUGUCCUGAACUUAGAGAGCAGCGUGAGCGCUGACGUGUACAUCAGAGGACUGAACAUCAGUGGACGCCUCACUCUCAACCAGUUGAAACUGUCUGUAGAAACCAGCUAUGUGGGACAGUUUCAGGUCGACAUCCUUGACAGUGUACUGCGAAUGGUCCUCGAAGUGAAUGUGAUACCCAUGGUUAAUGUUCUACUCGAUAAGGGUUACCCACUUCCUGCGCUCGGAAAAAUUAACCUUGUGAACCCCCAGCUUCAAAUAAUGAAGGAUUACAUGCUGAUCGGGACAGACGUUAACUUCACGAAUUGGACUGCAAAGACAGGAAGAAUGCCGUUUUCUUCUUGUUUUGAACCGUAGUCAAAAUCAUUUUCAUUUUGGAGUUGUUUUUCUACAUUUGCUUUUUUUCUCUCUCUUUCUCUCUUCAAAACUGUAGAUGUUUGUGGAACUGGUGGCUUCUAUUAUUCCUUUUCAGAAACAGUUCACUCCUCCCAAAACAGACUACAGCACCUUUCAGCUGAUGACGUCAGCUAAAUUCUGUUUGAAACUUUCUAUCUUAGUGAAAUGAUUCUGUGAAUGUGCUGAUCUGAACAGAUCUUCUGCAGAAUGUCACUGCAAACAAUCAAUCAAAUUCUUUGAGGUGAAAAAAAUAGAAAUCAGACACAGGCAACAGUUAAACAAUUAUUUAUCAUGAUAAAUAACUGGAUUUUAGUCAAAUAAAUACAACUGCUCCUGAUGAUAAAAGUGUAUAAAGGCGAACAUUAAAUAGUGGUUUAUAGCGUCACUUGUAUCCAUCACAGCUGGGGGUCGCUGUUGAUAUCAGGGAGCUGUGACUGAGGGCCCGGCCCCUCAGGCUCUGGGAGCUGGCUGACAGGAUCUACACAGACAGAAGAUGUCAGAUUUAAUGUAGCAGAAACCAAACUACUGACAUGUCAGAUUAUCCAGCUGUACAGAUGUGACAUGUACCAGACUGAAAAUGUAGAAGGUGUAGCAAAUACUUCCAAUCAGAUUGUUUUUUUAUUGUACAUUUCAAUAGGAAAAUGAUAUUCAAGCAUUUAAAUCUACAUUUCAGGGGUUUUUCUUACUAUGAAAACUAUGAUGUCAAACUACUGUCAAAAAAAUUGCAAUCAUUGUGUCUCAUGUUAUGUUCAAUGUGGAAUUUAUUGAAUUGGUUCUAAUAAAUGUUUCUCAUCAUCUUAA